CCGUGAUAAUUGGAUGCGCUAUAUAAUACAAAUUACAUAUUGCACAAAUCGAAUAUUUCACGAGUCGAAAUCGCAUUUAUCUCCCACUUUCAAGCGCAUCUCUAAUACGUUAACCAACGAAGGCGCAUACAAAGGAACACCCCCUGAAGCCUCUUUUACAAAACCACUACCAAAACCGCUACCAAAACCAAUCUACACCAUACCACACCAUAAAAACCAAAAUGACCACCCAACAACCCGAACGUCAAUCCACCCAACCCGCAACUUCCUACCUCGACCUCGGCAUAACCCUUGCCAUCCACGCCUGGCCCUCCCUCUCCCUCGCCGUCCAAUCCCUCUGGGGCGGCCCCACCUCCUCCGACAAACGCGACUGGCUCUGCGGCGCAAUCUCCGACAUGCUCACAGAGCGCCCCGAGACUGACGCCGAGGACCUCGAGGACGUGCUUAUCCAAGUGAUGAACGACGAAUUCGACGUGGUUGUUGAGGAUGAGAGCGCGGGGCCCGUUGCGGCGAAGAUCAUGGAAGUGAAGACGCAGGUGCAGAGGGGUGAUGUGGCGGGGAUUCAGGAUAUGUGGGAGAAUUGGCAGAAGAAGAGUCAGCAGAAGGGGAAUGUGGCAGCGGGGUUUAAGAGGGGGGAAGAUGAGGAUCAGGAAACGGAUGAUGAGGUUGAUGAGGAGGGUGGGGAUGUUGAUAUGGGGGAGGCGCCUGCGUUGGUUAGGGCUCCGAAGGUGAAGCCUCAGCCUGAGAUUGAUGAAGAUGGGUUUACUAUGGUUGGGAAGAAGAGGUGAUUUUGGUCUGGAUAGCGCGUGAUUCAGGUCUUGCUGUAUGUAUUGAUUGACAUUUACGACUUCAUGAUAUAGACAUGGUAAAGAUAAGCAAAAGUUUUAGCGGGAUUUAGUUGAAAGAUCGUGGACUGGUAGCAAGAUUCCAGUCUAUUCCCAUUUUUUGACAACAGCAAUGAAACAAAUAUAAAGACAAAAAGAAAAGUA